CCAUCCCGGCCCCUCCUCCCUCCAAGGACUGGGGUGAACUCGCCACAAAUCCUCUAAUCCACCAGCACCUCCGAGUCCGUGUCCUGCAGCAGUGCCCGGCCCUCGGCGGCCAGGACAGCGCGUCGCUUGCACCCGCUGGUCCAGCCACCGCGGCCCGGCCGGGCACACACGGCCUCACCCAUGGGGAACAGCAAGAGCGGGGCCCUGUCCAAGGAGAUCCUGGAGGACCUGCAGCUGAACACCAAGUUCACAGAGGAGAAGCUGUGCUCCUGGUACCAGUCCUUCCUGAAGGAGUGCCCCAGCGGCCGCAUCACGCGGCAGGAGUUCCAGAGCAUCUACGCCAAGUUCUUCCCCGAGGCCGACCCCAAGGCCUACGCCCAGCAUGUGUUCCGCAGCUUCGACGCCAACAGCGACGGCUCGCUGGACUUCAGGGAGUAUGUCAUCGCCCUGCACAUGACCUCGGAGGGCAAGACCAACCAGAAGCUGGAGUGGGCCUUCUCCCUCUACGACGUGGACGGCAACGGGACCAUCAGCAAGAACGAAGUGCUGGAGAUCGUCACGGCUAUUUUCAAAAUGAUCAGUCCUGAGGAUGUGAAGCACCUUCCAGAAGAUGAAAACACGCCUGAGAAGCGAGCCGAGAAGAUCUGGGGGUUCUUUGGAAAGCAGGAUGAUGAUAAACUCACAGAGGAAGAGUUCAUCGAGGGGACCCUGGCCAAUAAGGAAAUUCUGCGACUGAUCCAAUUUGAGCCUCAAAAAGUGAAGGAAAAACUGAAGGAAAGGAAACCCUAAUGUCCACCCACUGCUCGGCCCUGCCCCCUCUCCUCCCCAGGCACAGAAACCCAUGGGGUGAGCAUGCGCAUAUGCCCCAGGGGCCAAGGGGGCUUCCUUGGCCUUAUCGGCCCUUCCGUUCUACCUGCCACCUCCUCUCCCCUGCCCGAGGCCCAUGCCUCCAUGAUAAUCCCAGGAUUAGGUCACCAGAGUCCUCAAUAUCACCCCCCCGCUCCCCCCCCCAGUAAGCUCCUUUGUGGGUUGCUGGGUAAGCAGGUUCCAAUAAAUGCGAGAGGGGCUGGGCGCCCCGCUGACCGGUCGUUCUUGAACUGGAAAAGGAAAUGUUUUCUGUUGGCUCAGCCUCAGAGACAAGGACGAAUUGCCCCUGCAGUCAUGGGCCAGGGUGCUGGGACCGUGGUGGAGAUUGGAGGCUGCAUGGGGUGGUGGGGGGGGCACUGUAGACCUAGAAGAAACCAUUCCAGGCCGUGAGGUGACCCUGGAGACAUGUCGAGCGCUGCGGGAGGGGCUGGCUCCUCCAGAGGGUCAGGGAAGGUGUUGCCAGAUAGACACAUUUAAAUUAAGGCCCAGUGGACUGCGGGUGGGGGACGGGAGGUGGGUUGGGGGGCAGGGCAGGAAGCUCGGUGUCCCAGAGGGCAGCCCACACAGGGACCCUGAAGCAGAAAUGAACAUACCAAGUUCCAGGGUAGGAGAAGGCCAGUGUAGCCAGAGAGCCCAGGGAGGAGCCCAGGAGGAGGGAGAACCAGUUGUGAGUUAUACCUAAAGGUAGGCAGGGACCAGACCACACCAGCCUUUUCUGCAGCCCGUGGAAAGACGGGGGUUCGCAGUGGGGGUAGUGGGUACCGUUGUGGGGUUUGAAGUAGGAGGGACUUAUGUUUGUGGUAGAAAUAAGUCAGAGGGGCAAGACUGGGGACAGGGAGCCUGGAGAUUACACCUAUAUAGUCACCCCAGGGGUCCUCGGCUGCAGGG